CAGUCAGAGUCCUGUUUCCUUCAAGGCUCACACAGAAGGGUUUACCCUCAUCUGGAGCACUGGGAGAACACACUAAGUCCAGCUAUGUGCUGUUUCUGCAGAAAUGCAUGCCGUACAGGGGGAGCUUCAGAAACUCUAGUUUCCAGCUGCAGAAAAGGUCCUGCAAUAAACAGCUGCCUCCAUUAAAGAAUAGCAGGCACACCGCAAAGGGCUGCUUGCUGCAAAAAUAAGAAUUCUUUUUUUUUUUUUUUUUUUUUGGAAUCCUGCCUUGCUGCUGCUACGGAUAUUGCUGCAAUAAGACAGCUGCAGUAUACCAACCUGUUACAGCUACCACCUAUCCCAGAGGUUCUGGAGUUAUAGGGGAGGAAAGGAGACCCUGGAUAAACUCAAGAGAGGAGGAGGUUAUACCUAAAGACCAUUAAUUCAUCCCCUGCUGAUUAUAAACAGUGUCUUUCAAGGAAUCCCAAUGCGGUUGCCAUUGAUUUUCACCAUAAUCUUUGCAAACUUUUGCAGUCAAGGAAUUUCAUCCCCCAGUGGAAACCAGAAAGCACAAAGACCAUCCAUGCUCCUAAGGCGUGAUGAGAGCAAUCUCCUCACCAAGAUCUAUCGGAAUGAAGAAGCCAUUAAAGUUGUGGGAAAUGGCUGUAUAACCAGUCCACGGUUCCCUAACAGCUACCCCAGAAACCUGCUACUGACCUGGAAACUGGACUCUGCAGAGAACACUAGAAUACAGCUGACGUUUGAUAGCCAGUUUGGUUUGGAAGAGCAAGAAAAUGAUGUGUGCAGGUAUGAUUUUGUUGAAGUGGAGGAAGCUUCAGAAACAAGCACAGUCAUCCGUGGGCGAUGGUGCGGGCACAAGGAAGUUCCUCCAAGGCUGACAUCCAAGAAGAACCAAGUUAAGAUCACCUUUAAAUCAGAUGACCACUUUGUGGCUAAGCCUGGCUUCAAGAUUUGCUACUCUCUAGUGAAUGAUUUUCCGCCUGCAGCAUCGGAGACAAACUGGGAAUCCUUCACAAGCUCUGUCUCAGAUGUCUCCUAUCACUCAGUGACGGAUUCCACUCUCACUGCGGAAGCACUUGACCAGACUAUUGCUAUGUUUGACACAGUCGAAGAGGUACUUAGACACUUCAAUCCUGAGACGUGGAAGGAGGAUCUAGAAAAUCUAUACACCGAUACAUCUCAGUUCCGUGGCAGAACAUUUCAAGAAAGAAAAUCUAAAGUGAAUUUGGACAGGCUUAAUGAUGAUGUCAAGCGAUAUAGCUGCACUCCAAGAAAUUUCACCGUGAACUUGCGAGAAGAGCUUAAGAUAACCAGCGCAGUGUUUUUUCCACGUUGCCUCCUCGUUAAACGCUGCGGGGGAAACUGCGGCUGUGGCACUGCGAAUCCCAAAUCCUGCACGUGUAUGUCUGGGAAAACCGUAAAAAAAUACCACGAGGUGCUGAAGGUCACGCCUGAAGUUGGAUAUAGUAAGAAUAAGAAUAAAUCCAGGAAUAUGGCUAUCAUAGACAUCCAGCUGGAGCACCACGAGCGAUGUGACUGCAUCUGCAGCUUUCGGCCACCGCGGUAAAAGCAUAGAAGACACAGAUGAGAAAUUCUGAACAUUUUCAUGGACUUUUGUUGAAUGGCCAUACAGUAAUUGUCUUCAUUGCCAUCAGGAUUUUAGCAAUAACCUCCAAUAGAUAUAAAUAUAUGUCAUGCCCGGGAAUACCAUCAUUUUUGCUUGCGGAAAUACAUGUUGUACAUUAUUUGCCAAUAUCAGUAUUUGUUUUUAUUAAAGAACCAUAAACCUAAAAUAAAAGUUGCUUUAUGUAGAAGUGCUGCUAAUAACAUUAACCAGUAUACAACGUUUUUUAAGAAACGUGUUAGUUGUAGAGCCUUAUAAAAGUCAAUUACCUUAAGUUUUGUCAAGGAAAAUCGAAAAAAUAAUAAAGUGUAAUUCUUCUAUAAAAUAAAAAAAAACAUGGGGGAGGUGUAUCAUAGCAACCAAUCAGAUUCUAGCUAUCAUUUUGUAGAAUGUACUAGAUAAAUGAUAGCUUGAAUUUGAUUGGUUGCCAUGGGCUACACCUUCAGUUAUGCUCUUUAGAAGGUUUUAUACAUCCCUCCCCCAUAUAAGCUAAAAUACAAAUACAUAAUAAACAAGAAUAACGGUUUAUUGAACAUAAGGGGGCUGUGAUUCAAUUAGCCGCAGGCUUUAAAGCUCAGCUUUAGCUCCAGAGUUGUUCAAUUACUGCCCAUAGUAAGAUUGCUACUAGACCUGGGGGUGCACUUAACAUGGAUUUCUCCUCAUCACUCCAGAGACAGCAAGGAAAAAUCCACAUUUAGUGCAUCCUCUGGGCUAGUAGUGGUCUUAUCGUGGGCAGUAAUUAAGGGGUCUAUUCACAAAGCAGUGAAAAGAGUGGAGAGGUGAGUCAGUGCAGAAGUAGCCCACAGCCAAUCAGUGUUGAGGUAACAUUUAUAAAAUGCAUUAUAUAAAAUUAUACGUAGCAGCUGAUUGGUUUCCAUAAGCAACUUCUCCACUGGUUCAUUUCUGCACACUUUUCACUGCUUCAUGAAUAGACCCCUGAAUACCUCUAGCGCUUUGCCCAGAGUCUCUGGGGUCUAUUCAUGAAGCAGUGAAAAGAGUGGAGAAGUGAGGCUGUGGAGAAGUUUCCCAUGGAAACCAAUCAGCUGCUCCGUACAGUUGUAUAGCAUGCAAAUUAUAAAUGUUACUUCAAUGCUGAUUGGUAGCCAUGGGCAACUUCUCCACUGGCUCACUUCUCCACUCUUUUUACUGCUUCGUGAAUAGACCCCUGAAUACCUCUAGCGCUUUGCCCAGAGUCUAAGGGGUCUAUUCAUGAAGCAGUGAAAAGAGUGGAGAAGUGAGGCUGUGGAGAAGUUUCCCAUGGAAACCAAUCAGCUGCUCCGUACAAUUGUAUAGCAUGCAAAUUAUAAAUGUUACUUCAAUGCCGAUUGGUCGCCAUGGGCAACUUCUCCACUGGCUCACUUCUCCACUCUCUCCACUGGCUCACUUCUCCACUCUUUUUCCUGCUUCGUAAAUAGAUCCCUGAAUUCCUCUAGCACUAUGUCCAGAGUCUAAAGCUUUUCACUGGCUAAGGCUAAAUCAAUCUGUCCCAAGAAAAUAAAAGACAGUUAUGAUAAAAUCAAACCAUAUUUAGGGAACACAAUGUAUACAGUACAAAGUACAUUAAAGCUCUCAGGUCAAUAAUCAGUACAGUAAAAGAAAAACUCCUGUGUGUGAUCCACAGCGACUUCAGGCACUGAUAACCCCAAAUGUACUGAAAAGCAUUGUAUACAUAUAUACAUAACAAAAGAUUAAUCACAAGACACUGCAAAACUGUACAAAAACAAGGGAGGCAAAUAAAUUCCCAAAGGUGUGGACCACGUACAGGACUGAUGCAGGGUUUGUAGCAAAAUCGUCAUAAACUGAAAAGUGACCCAAUAAUAGUUUAUGCCCAAACAAAUAUGAUGCAUAUGUAUGCUGCACCCGCUGCUACAAGUGACCAUCAUCAGUGUGUACUUGUAAAUGCCCUGCCCCCUGGUGGCAAGGUUUGAUACAUUUCCAAUGAAUGCGGAUCUGCACAGGAACACUUCUAUAUAUUCACCUUCAGAGCAUGUGAAGAGCGAAAACACACAAGACACACUAGGCAUACUACUCACUCUGUGUCAGCCCCGAAGUGCUAAACUGCCACAUACCGUACAAUUAAGAUGCCACCUGUCAAAUAUCCAGACAGGGAAUAAGUGUAAUACACACGUUGGGUCUCAGAACUCUAGGAUACUCUUAGGAAGAUUGCAAAGUCUAUUCAAGCCAAUACUUAAUAUGCUUCAGGUGCAAAUGCAUAAAAAAAAAAUAACAUACAUCACAUUAAUAUCAUGAGUCUAUCGUAGGAAAGUACUUAAGCAUACCAAGUCACAGAAUUGUGGCAUAAGCCCCAGUAACUGAAUAGCCGAAUAGUAUUAACUACAGCAUCAGUCAAGACUUAUCUCCAUAUUGCAUGGAAGUGUGUGUGUGUGUGUGUGUGUGUGUGUGUGUGUGUGUGUGUGUGUGUGUGUGUGUGUGUGUGUGUGUAUGCUAUAAGGAGUGGCUACAUGACACUAGCGGCGUGGUCACACGACAGCCCCUUUUUUUUUCUAUGUAGGUAAGGCUAAAAAUAUAUAGUAAUGCCUCCAAUAUAAUAAAAAUAUAUAGUGAUACCUCCAGUAUAAUAGAAAUAUAUAGUGAUACCUCCAGUAUAACAGAAACAUAUAAUGCCCCAAUUUAAUAACAAUAUACAGUAAUGCCUCCAUUAUAACAGGAAAAUACAGCCACUGUCGCACUCCCAGUAUCCCUGACAAAGUGGGAGGAGCCGUCAUGCUGCCAAGCACCAUGGUCUUGUUGCUUUGUGGCACAUUAUAAUUGUGGUAAUGGCAAAGUGUGUGGCAGGUGGUACCUGCUGCCGAAUUCUUAAGGGUACUCCGUACCCGCAUACUUGCACUGUUGUUAAUCUCUGCACAUAGAUUACCUUGUCUGGCACACAUUCCCAUUUUCAAACGCCAACUACCCCCUGCGCACGUGAUAUCACACAGACAGCAACUUGAGGAAUAGGGGGGAGCAACCCUUGUUUCUGCCUUAACCUGUUCACACUGACUUUUCUAUAGUCUGUGAGAUCAUAAGGGAGGUGGGGAGCCUUAUGGGGCAUGGUAUCAUGAGUCGUAUCAAUAUUCAAUGCUGCAAUUCACAGAAUUAUGCUGCAAGGGGUGGAGCCACGAUGAUGAAGUUUGCUGCAAAUCACAUCAUCAAACCCUGGACGGCUCAUUUCUGUGCAGAAGUGGGAGGGAUUCAGGUGUCUGAUCUACUCUUCCAUGGCUGCAGGAGAACUAGAAAAAUAAGCAGCAUGACCUUGUUGCAAUACAAAGAACUUGCAUUAACAAAUGACCUGUCUGUUUUAAGAGAAAUCACCUAGAGGUAUACUAUAUUUACUAAAGUGCGGGUUUACAAAAGAGGAGGUGUUGCCUGUAGCAAAUUAUCAGUUUCUAGCUAUUAUUUUCUAGAAGGCGCUAGAUAAAUGAUAAGAAGAAUCUGGUUGGUUGCUGUGGGCAACAGCACCACAUAUGUAAGCCUGCACUUUAGUAAAUAUACCACUUGGUGUCCCAAAAUGUGACAUAUGAAGUUGUUCAACUAGCAACUUUUUAAUAGUUUUUCAUUUCACUUGAAAAACAACUACCUAAUAUACUUUAAUUAAAAAGCUGAGGUAUUUCAGAUUGGUAAAUCCAUUCAAAUGACACAGACUGAAAGACUUACUGUAACCAGCACUUACAUAGCACCUCAGGAAAUACUGUACUCCCAGCUGCACUAAUUUCACUUAUUUUCAGUUAAAUUAACUUGGGUUGAGUUGAUUUGAAUAAUUGAUGUUAAAACACAUACACUGAUUUAACGUUAGUUAUUUAAUUUAGCUUAUUGCAACUUAUUGGAAAAUAAGAGAGGAGAAUGGUUCCCAGGUGGAAUGAGUAAUUUUGCAAGAAAUACAUUAAACUGUUUUUUUUCUUGUAUAUACAGUAAUUGUACCUGUUAUUCUAUUUCGGUUUAUUUCUGGCACUCAGCAGGAAUGAUUAUUUUGUACAUAAUGCACCUAUUUUUAUGGGUAAGCACAUGCAGUCUCAAUGAUAAUUACUGUUUGCUUGGGUGGGCUCCAGAUUUUGCAUCUUCUGAGGAAAAUCUCUGGACGGAUCAGGUUGUUUCUUACUCACUGCAGUUUAGUUAUGUACCACAUAAAAAAAACAUCCGUUUAGUAAUGGCUUUAUUGCAUUUUUCUUCCCAUGAAAAUACACAUUUUUUCCAUAUCCUCAAAUAUGGUAGAAACCAGAUCUCAGGAUAUAUUUUAACAUUUUUUUUUUGUGUCUCCAUACUAUGGGGCAAUUGUACUAAAGCUCCUAGAACAGAGAAUUGAUGAUGUUGCUCAUAGAAACCAAUCAGAUGCUGUCUAUCAUUUCUAUUGCAUUUUAGAGAAUAGCAUGUGAUUUGUUGUUAUGGCAACAUCACCAAUUCUCUGUUUUAGAAGCUUUAGUAAAUUGACCCCUAUGUAUACUGUAGAAAAGAUCUUUAUGUGGAAUAUAUUAUAAAAUGUUUUUAAACAAACAAAGACAUAAAAGUGAUACAUUAAAAAGUAUAACCAAUAUCCCAUCCAUCUAAUGAUAAAUAAUUAAAUUAAUACAAAUAUUUGUGAAAAAAAUUGAAAGUUAUAGAAAUGAGAUGGUCCCAAAGUAGCAUGAAGUGCCAUUUUUACUUUUAAAUACCAUUUUGCACUUCACACUGGAUCCACAUAUACUAUGUGCAAAAUGUACAUCAGUCUCGUGUGGACAAUUUCAAAAUCCAGUUUGAAGGGUACUAUGUGAGCUCCCCUUGGUAUUUGAAAGGCAGACAAUUAGGUACAUUUGCACAAACAAAUUAUUUUUUUGCCUGCAUACUGUAUUUUUGCAGUUUACAAUUACCUUUAAAAAGAAAAAAAACAUUUCAGCAUUAACAGAUACAUUUUACAAAAUUGUUUAUUUUUUAUUUGUUUUUUUAUGUUAUUAUUUUUUUUAUUUACAUUUUUACUGUCUUAUUCAACAUCUCAAUAAAAAGAAUCCUUGUAAAGUUAGUGGACUAAACUUUGUAUGCUUGUUAAAGCAGGAUUUACUACUCAGCAAACCAUGCCAGGAAAAGAUUCUGGCAAUUUUGUUUUUUUUUUUACAAAAAAUGUUUACCUUGUCUAAUCUUGUAAAAUUUAAAUAAUCAGCUUUAAAUUAACUAGUAUUGCUGUAUAGUGCUUUGUAGGAUGUGCUUUAUUUAUACUGGAAAAAUGUUCCGAAAUUUAAAUAUUUUUUUAAAGUAAAUGAAAAAUUUGAAAAUCACACUUGCACUUCAGACAUAAAAGAUAGAUACGUAUACAAAAGUGCAGUUUGUGUCCACAUACUAUUACAUUGCAUGGGGUUGUAACAAAGUCUUAGCACUAUUUCAGCUUGAUAUAGGGUUUCAGGAAACAUGCAACCGGAUCGCCUAAUUGUACAUGUGCUUCCAAAUCACACUUUAGUGACAACUGCUUAAAUAUUAAUGCCUUUUACCAUGUAAUGCAUACACACAUAAUUUUCCUGUUUUCAUCUCAUGUGUAUAUUGUUUUAUUUCAAUAUAUUUCCAAAAAUAAAAAUUUAAAUAAAAAACAGAAA